AUGGCCCACGACCUCGUCGGGGACACGCUCUACGUCCACGGCGGCGGCGGCCAGGGGUCGGCGACGCAGCAGCGGCGGAGCCUGCUCUGGUCGCUGGACAUCCAGACCCUGGCCUGGAAGGAGCUCGACGGCCCGCGGCGGUCGCUCGUGACGUCGCGGAGCAACCACAGCCUCACGUGCUGCGGCGGCACGCUCACGGUCUUCGGGGGCAAGGGCCUGGGCGCCAAGGCCGUGGACGUCACGAAGGAGCGGAAGCACGACGGCUCGGACACGCACGCGCCCGUCGUGCGCAUGAUGUCCAUGCGCAACGUGCUCAACGACGCGGCCGUCUUCGACCUCGCGAAGCGGACGUGGAAAUUGAUGCCCAUCACGGGCAAGUGGCCCACGCCGCGCCGGGGCCACACGGCGACGCUCGUGAAGAACUCGGAGGUCAUCGAGCAGGCCAUGAAGGCCGCCGAGGCCAAGGAGCUCGCGCGCGCCGCGAACCAGGGCGCCGUCGACGACGCCGAGGAGACGGCGCGCAAGGUCAACGACGCGCUGGGCCUCGACAAGCCGGACACGAAGUACGUGCUCGUCGUCGGCGGCGCCGGGCCCGACAUCGGCGGCAAGGGCUUCGAGACCGUGCUGGGCCAGGUCUGGGCCUUCGACCCGGCCCACGGCUACUGGGCCGAGGUCACGUCGAUGUGCACGGGCGAGCGCCCCCCCGCGCGCUUCGAGCACACGGCGACGCCCGUCGGCCGCUACGUCGUCGUCAUCGGCGGCCUGUCGGCGACGGUGAACGCCGCCGACGCCCUGGGCCACAGCGACGUGCUCUGCCUCAACGUGGACACGCUAAACUGGGCGGUGAUCCCGACGUCGCACGCCGCGACGGAAUCGCCGGCGUUGUACGGCCACAGCGCCUGCCGGUCCCUGGCCAGCGACGAGCUCCUGGUCUUCGGCGGGUCGACGCGCGACUCCGAGGUGCGCGUGUUGAAGCUGUUCCCCGAGCGCAUGGACCUGUGCACGUGGCGCGUCGCGCGGACGCCGCCGCUCUACGGCGACGGCGGCGCCGCGCCCUUCCUGAACAAGAAGCACCACCCGAAGCAGCACGCCCAGGAGGUCGCUCGAACGCCCGCCAACGCCUUCGCCAAGCACAAGCAGGUCCUCGGGCGGUCGCGGGCGCCGAUGCCCGCGCGGCCGGACACGGCGCCGUUGCUCGACGUCGAGGCCUUCGACGCGCCGCCGCCGCGCCGGGGCCACCUCUUCUCCCUCUUCGUGCCCCGGGGCAGCUCCGCGCGCCACGGCGCCAUCGCGGCGCCCGUCGCGCUCUGCUUCGGCGGGUCGCACCUCUUCGGCGGCGCGGAAGGCGCGCACUUCGCGGGCGCGGAACUUUUCCUCUACGACCCCGCGGCGGCCGCGGACGUCUUCGACCCGCUGGCGGCGCCGGCGAAGGUCGGCGGCCUCUUCGACGCCGCGUCGCGCGCCGGGAACCUGAGCCAGUUUCGGCGCUUGUCCGCGGCGGCCGCGUCCGCGCGGGGGGGAACGCCCGUCGGCGCGCGCGCGGAGCGUGCGUUCAUCGACACGAUCCGCGGCGACCUCCAGCGGUCGUCCUUCAGGGCCGAGUACUCCUACGACGGCGUCAAGCGCCUGCUGCAGACGGCGAACCGGGAGCGUCUGAAGCUCAAGCCGCCGAAGCCGCCGAUGGACGACGCGUCGUCCGUCGCGUCCACGACGUCCUCGGCGACGUCGCGCCACCCCGUCGUCCACGGCCUCCUGAGCCACGACCACCACGCGUUGAGCAACAUGCAGCACGACGUCCACGACGUCCAGUCCACCGUGAAGCUCGGCAAGAACGACUUCCAGCGGACGCACGACGCGCACCUGAGCCACAGCAACAGUUUGGGCGCGCUGCCGAACCUCAAGAACCUGCCCUUCGCCUUCAAGCAGAUCCACUCGUCCUGCAGCGCCCAGGACCUCCAGCGCAUCAAGUCCAUCAACGCGAGGACCCACAACAAGGCCAUCGCGCGGAAGCUCUGGUACGAGCACGCGGAGCCCCACCCCCUCGCCCACCUCCUCCCGCCGGACCUCCAGGUCUGGCUGUAA